AUGGACGAUUGUGGUACUUGCGACCGCUGUAUUCACAGGCCGUGUAUUGCUGAGAGCAAUCGCGAGUACGAGGAGCACGGAGUGAUCGGCAAAGGUGCCUAUGGUAUCGUGUACUUAGUCACCCAUGUACCAAGCAAUAAACAGUAUGCAUUAAAGAAGAUGAUUGUUCGAAUCACAGAAGAUGGUAUGCCGCAGAGUAUCAUACGCGAAAUUUCGGCCCUGCGAGCUUUGCAUAAUUUGGAUAAUCCAAAUAUUGUCAAGUUUGUUUAA